CGAUCUCUUCUCUGUUUCUCUGUUUUAUCUCAGGCAGUGAGUCGGGGCCGCAGCUCCCAUGCGCUCUCCGCUCUCUUUAAAACUUCUCAUUCUUUUGGAUAAAUGGAGACAACCUGAGCUUUUAGGAUUCGCGGUGGAACGACGGGCGUUUUGUUUUUAACGAGGCGAGAAAACAGCAGAAACAGACUACACGCCACACUUAGAGGCCAAGUUUACUCUUUGAAUUUCAUAUCCGCCGCGUCUCAGGGUGUAAGAGAUGGAAAAUGGGACAUCUGAUGAUGUGGAGGCACUGUGGGAGAAGGUGGACAGCAAACGCUACAACUUGUGUUGUACGAUCACCCCAUCAAAGCUCACCCCCUACCUCCGUCAGUGCAAAGUCCUGGAUGAGCUGGAUGAGGAUGAGAUUCUCAACUCCAUACUGCUCACCACAAAAGCAAACCGCACAAGCCGUCUACUUGACAUCCUCCACACUAAAGGCGAGCGGGGGUAUGUGGCCUUUCUGGAGAGUCUCGAGUUUUACUACCCCGAUCUGUACAAGUUGGUCACAGGGAAGGAACCCACACGGCGCUUCUCCACUAUCGUAGUGGAGGAAGGUCACGAGGGUCUGACACAGUUUCUCAUGAACGAAGUCACAAAGUUGCAGCAGCAGUCCAAAGUCAAGACCCUGCAGCAUGCUGAGCUCAACAAGAAGUUUGUCACUCUGGAAGAUGAGAAAAGGAAGUUAAAACUGGCCAAUCAGGAGCUUCAGGCCUUCCAGCAGAGGUACAAUAAGUUGAGAGAAGAGAGAAACACCUACAGUGAUGAGCUCCUCAGAGUAAAGGAUGAAAACUACAAACUGGCCAUGAGGUACGCUACGCUGAGUGAGGAGAAGAACAUGGCUGUGAUGAGAAGCCGAGACUUGCAGCUGGAGAUUGACCAACUGAAGCACAAGCUGAACAAGGUGGAGGAAGAGUGUAAGAUGGAGAGGAGACAGAGCCUCAAACUGAAGAACGACAUUGAGAAUCGACCAAAGAGGGAGCAGAUCUUUGAGCUGGAAAGAGAGAACGAGAUGCUCAAGAUCAAACUGCAGGAGCUGCAGUCCAUCAUACAGCCGGGCCCUUUACCUGCAUCAGACAAGGCCAUCCUUGACAUUUUGGAGCACGACAGACAGGAAGCACUAGAAGACAGACAGGAUCUGGUCAACCGCCUCUACAACCUGCAUGAAGAAAUUAGACAGGCAGAGGAACUACGAGAUAAGUACCUGGAAGAAAAGGAGGAUCUGGAGCUGAAGUGCUCCACACUGCAGAAGGAUUGUGAGAUGUAUCGCAACCGCAUAGACACCAUCGCCGUACAACUUGAGGAGGUGGAGAAGGAGAGAGACCAGGCAUUUCGAGCCAGAGACGAGGCCCAGCACCAGUUCUCCCAGAGUCUCAUUGACAAAGAUAAAUAUCGCAAGCAGAUCAGAGAACUGGAGGAGAGGAGUGAUGAACUCCACUUAGAGAUCGUACGCAAAGAUGCUAAACUGGUCACUCUGGAGUCUCGCCUGCGACGAAUGUCCAAAGACAUCAACCUAGACCAGAGUCUCCCGAGGGAUAUACCUCCAUCCAUCAUCUCGCAGGGAGAGGAUAAACAGGGACCGUCAGAAUGGUCCAGCGAUGAGUCGCCUGAUGAUAAGUUCUUCUCAGAGGAGCCCCGACUCAAACGUAGACCCAAUCUCAAAGCAGUGAAUAGAGUCAAGUCUCCAGUCUGUGUACUGAAAGACCUUCAAGUCACCUCAGAGAACAAUCAGCCUGGAGCUUCGGCUCCUACCAACGGAGGGGACUUUCUGGAGAUUAAUGUGCCAACGUAUGGCAAGAGCAGCUCGCUCCCUCCCUCGCCCAGCAUCCCGAUUUCCCCCACAUAUCCUCCCUCAUCGGCACCCCCGCUCACCUACCCUCCAUCUGCCUCCCCGCUCCCGUUCAGCAGUGCGGAGUCCCCAUACAGCAGGCACAUGCUGCGUUGCCGUAAUGACAGCAUCCUCUCCACACUUCCUGAACCACCUGAGAAAGCAUCUCUUUACCGCAGAGAGAGGGAGAAGGAACAUGACUUCUAUCCCCGCAGCAUCUCUGACUUUGACAGCGACAACAUGGAAAUGGAGUUUGAGGAUGAGCGUGGUCCUCCCUCUGUGCACUCGUCUUCAUCUUCCCAUCAGUCAGAAGGAAUGGACACUUACGACCUGGAGCAGGUCAACAAUAUCUUCAGGAAACUCUCGUUGGAGAGGCCGUUCCGCCCGUCUCUUUCCUCCUUCUCCAGACUCAGCGCAUCCCUGAAGCCGGUGCAGGAGCUGUCAUUGCAAAGUGACAACCUGCUGAAGGACAUUAAGCUGGUCGGUGGUAAUGAAAGCGGGAUUUUCAUCUCACAUGUCCAGUCGGGGUCCAUUGCAGAGAAGGCAGGGCUACGAGAGGGCCACCACCUCCUAUUUAUUGAGGGGUGCAUACGUGGGGAAAACCAAAGCAUUUCAUUGGAUACCAGCACUCAGGAAGAAGCCCAUUGGACUCUGCAGCACUGCUCUGGGCCCAUCACCCUGCACUAUCGGGUCAACCUCGACUCUUAUCGCCGUCUUCAGAGCAAUCUAGCAGAUGGCACUUUAGCAUCUGGUGACUCAUUCUACAUACGGGUCAACCUCAACGUCUCUGGACAGUUGGACAGCUGCUCCUUGUCUGUGCGCUGUGAUGAGGUGGUGCAUGUGCUGGACACCAGGCACCAGGGCCGCUGUGAGUGGCUGUGCGCCCGUGUGGACCCCUACACCGGCUCUGACCUGGCUGAGUGUGGCACAAUACCCAGUAACUCACGUGCUCAGCAGCUGCUCCUGGUAAAGAUUCAGAAGUUAGUGUGCCGAGGGGGGAAAGAAGAAAAUGAAAUUCAACGGAACAACCGGAACAAUUUACAACCUGAAGAAACCAGCCACUCCCCUGAUCCUAGGGCCAGCCCACGCAUGUCUAGAGCCAGCAUUUUCAUCACUCAAAUACUGCAGUUUGUGAGCAGGGUGGAUAUAAAGUACAAGCGAUUGAACAGCAACGAGCGUGUGAGAAUCAUCAACUCAGGGAGCACAACACUACCCAGACAAGGCUUUGAGGUGCUUCGACCAGAAGCUCUCCUUGCAUGUGUGCCAUUGGUGCAAACAGAUGCUGCUGACCAAGACGGUGAGCUGAGCAGGAGUUUGAGCUUGAUUCCUUACAGUCCCGUCACUCUCCAGCGGACCCAGAGAAGAAGACCGGUCCUAUUCACUCCCGCUGCUCUCGCCAAAACCAUUAUCCAAAAAAUACUUAACAUGGGGGGAGCCAUGGACUUUAAUAUCUGCAAACCAGACAGCCUGACCAAAGAGGAGUUUCAUCUGAAGCAGAAUGUGGAGCCCUUCAUUCACUACAAAGAGAAACAAGCCACUUUUGAAUGCAUCACCAGAGAAAACAUAGAGGCUGUCGCUGCCAAAGGCAAACACUGCCUGCUGGAGGCUGAGCUGAGCUGCGUCAAGGACCUUCUACGGAGAGAAAUCUACCCGAUCAUCAUCUACAUCAAGAUCUGUGAGAAAAAUGUCAAAAAGUUAAGGAAGUUGCCUCUGCGCGUGGAGUCAGAGGAAGACUUUGUGAAGCUGUGUCGCGCAAAAGAGAAGGAGCUGGAGGGCAUCCCUUGUCUCUACGCCACCCUGGAGCCGGAGGCCUGGGCAGGGAUGGAGGACCUCAUCAGGGUGAUCAAAGACCGAAUACUGGAUGAGCAGAAGAAGACCAUCUGGGUGGAGCAGGACCUGCUGUAGACAAACAUAGCUACACACAGUUGCUUGCACAUGAAGAUAUACAUGGAGUUAAACAUAGUAAAACACAAAAAGCCUUAUCAUGCUUUCAAGCAUUUAUAUUUAUGGGGAGACUCAAAGAUGCAUGUGUGGCUACUGAAAUUGUUUAAUAAAUGCAUUAUAUUUUUUGUAA